UGCGAAAAAGUCCGAUUGGGUAACCGCAAGUGACUUCAACCCCUCUGUAAUUGCCAGCUUGAAACCGCAAGAAGAACAUCAACUACUGCUGAAAUCGUUGUCGAAAAAAGAUUCGCACUUUCUAACCGGCGUAUUUUUCUUGGAACUGGUGGCUAAGAGUUUUGGAAAUGAAUUCUUUGGUUUAGUUGCUGAUAAAACUGCUAAUCGAGAAAAUACUGCCAUUGCAAAAGCAGCUUUCAAGUGUCUCGCAAAACUACAGCUCCAAGAACGUGUUGCAAACGUACUGGAAUUGGCGACCAACGAUGGAGUAGCUUACUUGAAUGGAACUGGAGACCUGAGCAAAGCCUUUUCUCGAGUCUGUUCUAAAAUUGACGAAGAGCUGGUAAGUGAAACUGUUUACACGAGGAUCAAGACUGAGUACAAAAAAAGUAAAUCGUGGCUUCCCAAAAAAACGUAUCUAUAUGGCAUUGCGAAAUCAGAGGACGAUUUACGUGAAAUCUUUGCACAGCUGGUCAAUGACCCACAAAUGAAGAAAAUCAGUGCACAUUUGACAUGGUUAGGAUUUUUUAGCCAUCCGGAUGAUGUUGCCGUUAAAAAAUCGGUUUCCGAAUUGGCAAGAGUGCCUGGAAAAUUGGAGGUCGUUCAAAAAAUCUACGAAAAAUCAAUCAGCGAAAUGAUUCCGCAAAUCGAAGAUGUUCCUCUCGAUAAAAUAGACACAAGUGGCACUCCAGUGCAAAUGAAUUUGAGUUAUUUGGUGCCUAUUUUCUCUCAAAAACUUUUAGAAAAUAUUCAGGCUGAUGAUGAUUUAAAAUCUGUGUUUGAACCAAUACUUAAACGUAAUCGUGAUCAAUCCAAUUAA